UGGGGUCGCAUCCAGCCUGGCCCUCCCCCACCAGUGAGGUCAGCGGGGGGGGAGCCCUGACCCGAGCUCUAUAUAAGCACCGAUGGGCUUGCAGACCGCUUGAUGCACAGCUGCCAUGACCCCACUCCGGGCGCUUCUGGCUCUUGCCAGCCUCCUCGCCAGCCUGGCCCCAGAGCUGCCCCCCAUGUCAGCCGCCCCCAUAGACCCGAUCACGGAGGGGCCGUGCCCGGGGCACUCCUACAGCAAUGACACGCACCUCUGCUGCACGAACAACAAGCAGCACCGGGUGCUGCCACGGACCCACGCCAUGCAGGACUGCUGCGGCCUGCAGCCCUACGACGCCAGGACCCACGACUGCUCCGAGGACGUGACUGUGGUGCCGCUGCCCGUGGGCCAGAAGUUCAAGGAGGCCUUCUCCCUCUUCGACAAGGACGGCGACGGCACCAUCACCACCAAGGAGCUGGGCACUGUCAUGCGCUCGCUGGGCCAGAACCCCACCGAGGCCGAGCUGCAGGACAUGAUCAACGAGGUGGACGCUGACGAUGUUUAA